GCUCCCCGGGCGAGCGCGCAGCCCGGAGCCCGCCCCGCGCCUCCUGGAGCCCUCCCCCCGCUGCUCCCAUGCGCGCGGGUGGGUCAUGAGCACAGCGCCCUCGCUUUCUGCCCUAAGAAGCAGUAAGCACAGCGGCGGCGGCGGCGGCGGCGCGGACCCUGCCUGGACCAGCGCGCUCUCUGGGAAUAGCUCCGGCCCCGGCCCCGGCUCGUCCCCGGCCGGCAGCACCAAGCCUUUUGUGCACGCCGUGCCCCCUUCUGACCCUCUCCGCCAGGCUAACCGACUGCCCAUCAAGGUGCUGAAAAUGCUGACCGCACGGACUGGCCACAUUUUGCACCCCGAGUACCUGCAGCCCCUGCCUUCCACUCCCGUCAGCCCCAUCGAGGUAAGGACCCGCUCCCUGGAUCCUGCUGGGACGGGACCACCACCCCACGAUCCGGCCGCAGCCGCGGCGGCGCUCAAGUCCGGAUACCCGCUGGUGUACCCCACGCACCCGCUGCACGGCGUGCACUCGUCGCUAACGGCUGCGGCCGCUGCCGGGGCCACACCGCCGUCCCUGGCCGGCCACCCCCUCUACCCUUACGGCUUCAUGCUCCCUAACGACCCACUCCCCCACAUCUGCAACUGGGUGUCGGCGAACGGGCCGUGCGACAAGCGCUUCGCCACGUCCGAAGAGCUGCUGAGCCACUUGCGGACCCAUACGGCCUUCCCCGGGACAGACAAACUGCUGUCGGGCUACCCCAGCUCGUCCUCUCUGGCCAGUGCCGCAGCGGCCGCCAUGGCCUGCCACAUGCACAUCCCCACGUCGGGCGCUCCGGGGAGCCCCGGGACGCUGGCGCUGCGCAGCCCCCACCACGCGCUGGGACUCAGCAGCCGCUACCACCCCUACUCCAAGAGCCCGCUCCCCACACCCGGCGCUCCCGUGCCGGUGCCGGCCGCCACCGGACCCUACUACUCCCCCUACGCCCUCUACGGACAGAGACUGACCACGGCCUCGGCGCUGGGGUAUCAGUGAGCGAGGUUCGAGAGGGCUGGCGAGGGAAAGAAAGGAGCUGGGGGAGGGGAGGAGCCGAGGGAGGGGCGGGCACUGGGAGAAGCUACUGUCACCCGUGAGUGGGGAUGAGCCGGGCCAGGAAAGGAAAAAAUAUAUAUACCGUAUCUAUCUACCCGAAACAGCGACCGAGACCCGGUGGGAAACUCCCCUUUCCCCCACCUCACCUCCCCACCUAAACUUUAUAAAAGUUGAAAAAAAAUAUCAUUUGACUUUUUAUAGAUAAAGAAGGAAAAAGUAAUUGAGAAAGUGUUCAUCUAAGGACUGCAUCGGUGGACACCGGUAUUUAUUUAUGUUAGCUCCAAGCGGACCCGCGGUUCUAAAGUGCAUUAUUUAGUUUGAGUUCCGUAGAUAAAAAGAAAGAGGGGGGAUUUAAAAAUGGAAAACAAACCCUCCCGUCCCUUGUAGAUUAUAAAUAAAUACAAAACCGCCACAGAACUAGAGGUCUUCUCUUUAAUGUUACUUUAAAAUUGAUACAAUUGUAUUGUACGUUCUUAUUUAAUGUCUGAUGGAAACACAAUUUACAUGCAUGUUUGUUACAAAAAAUGAAAAACAGAAACAAAACAAGUCACAAUUUGUCAGCUCUGAUUUCAAAUUGCAAUUAUUUUUAGGUGUAUACCAUCGCAAGAGAAUGGGUAUUUUUUUGUAUGUAUUCUGGAAGAAAACAACAAAAAAAAAAAAAAAAAAGGAAAAACAAUUCUAUUCCAAAACCUCAUCUGCCUUAUUUUGUUCUUUAAAAGGAACACUUAACUAUUUUUAAUUUUUAAGUAAACCCGCUGAGAAGGGGACAAGUAAGGUUUACGUCAUGUACUAAAAUAAUAGACAAUGUAUCGCUUUAAAGAUUAAAAUUCCGUAUAUUUGAUGUAUUAAAAGGUUUUACUUAUUA